AUGGCAUCUCUGCUCCCCACAAUUCCCCGCUAUUUCUUCACCUUCGUUGAACCCACGCUGCUUAUCCUUGCGUUCGCAACAACCUCCAUCUUCCCAUCAUACUACGUGUUUACCCAGUCAAAGCACGCACCGCGGCAUCGUCUGCUGCCAACCGAACAAAUUCUUACAUUCCAACUUGGCAAUCUUUUCCUCUUGCUUGCCGUUAUUGAACUCUACGUCUUCUCUUCAACGACGGAUACCAAGGCAGUCCACGCAUUGAUAACAGCCCUUUGGUGGGGCGACCUAGGACACUUAGGAGUUACGACUUGGUGUAUGGGCGCUGCCGCACUGCGCAACCCACGAUUUUGGAGCUUAGUGAACUGGGGAAAUAUUGCCAUCCCUACGCUUUUGUUUACCAUGAGAUCACUCUAUCUUGUCGGAUUUUUUCGAUAG